AUUCCUAGCUUCUUCUUUCCAUCCAUAUAAUCAUCAAAUCUUAUUUCCACCAACAAAAAUCAACAUAACAUAAUUUAAAGAUGAAUGACCUCUUCUCCAACUCCUUUAAACGUUACCAAGACCUUAAAAAACAGGUGGAAAUGGACGACAUCGAGGGCGGCGGAGGGGGCAAUGCGGCGGCGGGGGCGGACCUCGACAAGUUCUUCGAAGACGUGGAGAACGUGAAGAAGGACAUGAAGGCCGUGGAGGUGCUCUACAAGAAGCUGCAAGAAGCGAACGAGGAGAGCAAGACCGCACACAAUGCCAAGACCAUGAAGGACUUGCGUUCCAGGAUGGACGCUGACGUGUCUCAGGUGCUGAGACAGGUCAAGGUCAUCAAAGGAAAGCUCGAAGCCUUCGAGCGGUCCAAUGCCGCCUCCAGGCGGGUCCCGGGCUGCGGCCCGGGAUCCUCCACCGACAGGACGAGGACGUCUGUCGUGAGCGGGCUGGGGAAGAAGCUGAAGACGAUGAUGGACGACUUCCAGGUGCUGAGGGGGAGGAUGAACUCGGAGUACAAGGAGACGGUGGCAAGGCGGUAUUACACCGUCACGGGGGAGCAGGCGGACGAGGAGCUCAUCGAGAACCUGAUAUCGAGCGGGGAGAGCGAGUCGUUCCUGCAGAAGGCGAUCCAGGAGCAGGGCCGGGGCCAGAUCCUCGACACCAUAUCGGAGAUCCAAGAACGGCAUGACGCGGUGAAGGAGAUCGAGAGGAACCUGAUCGAGCUGCACCAGAUAUUCCUGGACAUGGCGGCGCUGGUGGAGGCGCAGGGCCAGCAGCUCAACUCCAUCGAGAGCCACGUGGCCCACGCGAGCUCCUUCGUCCGGCGUGGGACGGAGCAGCUCCAAGAGGCACGGGAGUACCAGAAGAGCUCUCGGAAAUGCACGUGCAUCGCCAUCGUCCUCGUCCUCCUCCUCAUCGUCGUCUUGCUUUUCCCGAUUUGGUCCAAUCUCCUAAUGAUCCAUUUGAGGUAGAUUAUUAGUUACUCCGAGAGAGUAUAUUAUUAGUAGAGCGUAAUUAACCCGAAAUGACCAUAUAUAAUCUGUACCAAUAUCAUGAACAUGGUAUAUAUAUGUGUAUAUACAAACAUUUUUGUUAUAUGUAGCAAGAGUUCAAAUUUUACAAGUUUUUUUUACAUGAUGGUGACUAGCUUACUUUUGUUA